AUGGACAGCUUCCCGUCGUUUCUCGACGCCUUAUCCACCACCGAGUCGACCCUCGUAAAGUCUCACUCAACACCGCUUCCCAUUUGCGACGCAGUGCUCCUCGAGCAGCAACAAGCGCUUGACAACAACCGCAGCGAGCGGUACCAAUUGCGGCCAAGUGGGGUCUCGUUCCAGAGCGCGUCGUUUCGGCGACGCACGCAGGAGAAGAUCCACGAGCUCAUUCGAACUGCUACUGCUGCUACGCCGUCACCGGACGUUUGCAGCGCAAAUGCGUUGCUCGCCCAAAGGACGCUCAAGUACCGUCGCGUGCUCGAGCGGCAGUCAGUCUACAGCACCACGUCGAUGCCGUGUCGACUGAGCUAUCACUAG